AUGAAGUUCAAUACUGCACCAGGCGCCUCUCUGGUUGCCCUCUCAGCCUUGUCUACGCUUGCUCAGGCAGAGGAUGUUUUGUAUAGCAAGCGCAUGGUAAAGCGUGGUCUUGACCAGGACGGAAACUACAACAUCUCAUUCUUCCACAUCAACGAUGUGCACGCACAUCUGGACGAGUUCAGCUCUUCAGGAACCGAUUGCACCAGGCCUGAGCGAGGAUGCUACGGAGGCUAUGCCCGUGUCAAGCAUGUGAUUGAGGAGCAGCGCCCCAAUGUCGAAGAUAGCCUUUGGCUCAACGCCGGUGACGAGUUCCAAGGUACCCUGUUCUACAGCUACUAUGGUGGCGAGAAGAUUGCCGAGGUGCUCAACGAGCUCGAAUUUGAUGCCAUGACACUUGGAAACCAUGAGUUUGACGGUGGAGAUGCUGAGCUUGGAGAGUUUCUUGUCAAUCUCACAUUCCCCGUUGUCAGUGCCAAUGUGCACUCGCAGGAUCCAAAUGUCAACAAGACGGUUAAGCCCUGGACUAUCUUUGAGGAGCAUGAUUUGGCAGUCAUUGGAGUCACCGCGCAAGAAACUGGCAGCUUGAGUAACGCCGAUCCAACAACCAUCUUUUCCGAUGUUGUCGAGGCCGUGCAAGGUGCCAUCGACCAAAUCAAGAGCACCACCAACAUCACCAGAAUUGCAGCUCUUACCCACAUCGGCUACGACAAGGACCAGGAACUUGCCAAAGCCACCACUGGUCUCCACCUCAUCAUCGGCGGCCACAGCCACACGCUCCUCGGCGACAUGGAAGACGCCGAAGGCAAGUACCCAACCAUUGUCGACAACAAAGACGGCGACGAAGUCUUCAUCGUAACCUCCUACCGCUGGGGCGAAUACGUUGGCUACAUCGACGUAACCUACGAUCCCUCGGGCAAAAUCCUCGCCUACCACGGCGCCCCUAUCCACCUGACCAACACCACCGAGCAAGAUGCGCCUCUCCAAGCCGAAAUCGAAGCGUGGCGCGGCCCCUUUGAAGAAUUCGCCGCCCAAGUCCUCGGCACCACAAAGGUGGAACUCGACCAAAAAACCUGUCAGCGCCAAGAAUGUCUCUUGGGUGACUUCAUGGCCGACGCCAUGCUCUCCUACCGCAAAAACAACACCGACGACGUCGACUUCGCCCUCAUCAACGCCGGCGGCAUCCGCGCCACCAUCGACACGGGCGACAUCACCCGCGGCGAAGUCCUAACCUCCUUCCCCUUUGGCAACUCCAUCGUCCAACUCCCCAUAACCGGAAAGUCGCUCUGGGAAGCCCUCGAAGGCAUCCUCACCGGUGUCAACGUCGGAAACGGACGCGCCGUAACGUCUUUUUUCCAAAUCAGUCAGGGCAUCAAGGUAGAAUAUAACCCUGACAACGGUAACAAUACUAAACUCAUCGCUGUUACCAUUGGUGGCGAACCGCUGAACAACGAUACUACGUAUCAAAUGGUCACCCUGGAUUUCAUCGCAGGCGGCGGCGAUAAUUUCUUUGAGACUAUGACGGAUUUUGUGAGUUUGGAUACGCAGGAUGAGGUUUUGACGAGGUAUAUUCAGGCGCAGUCGCCGGUGGAUAUCGAGUUGGAUGGACGCAUUGAGAAGGUUAGUAGGCAGAGGGAUGAUGUUGUUGCGCCGGGUAAUGGGACGGCGACGAAUGGGACGACGCCUUCGCCUUCAGUGGGGAUACCGCCGCAACAGACGCAGAAUGCUGCAGUCAAGAUGGGACAGGGGGCUGUGAGUGCGUUGGUGGUUGGGCUUGUUGCUGCGCUGUGUGUGGUUUGA